CUCUGUCCCUCACCCAACUGUGCAUUCCUGAUGGAGGAUGAAAGUGGAGUUUGUGGAUAUGCCUUGGGACUCACCGAUGACAAAUCUACUGCUUUCAAGGACCAGUAUCCGGGGUCUCUCCUGGGUGAUAAUCCAUCUGUGAUUACAGUGCAAAUACUCCCAAAAGUUUCUGACCUCAGUGUUGCAAAACGCUUGAUAGAGUGCCUUCUUUCAGCAUUGAGAACAAUAGGUUGUAAAGUAUUUAUCUGUGAACUGAGAGCGCGAGAGAAGAGGAUGUUGGAUUUCCUAACCCGAAUGGGCUCUUUCAGAAGAGUGACAAUGGAAGGCCUUCCAGAUGAUCUAAUAAUCAUGAGAUCAGCAGAACAAAUGUGAACAGCAAAACAUGUUGUUGGGGUGGGGUGCUAGAAAUAAGAAUUCAGAUGAUUUCGCUGAUUAAAAAAAUGACAAUAUGACUGGUAAGUCUUAUAACGACUUAUGCAAAUCCCAGGUACA